AUGGCGGCGGCAUUUUUCGGCAGCGGGACCUUCGGUGUGUCUGCGAUGGUGGUGGCGGUUCUCAUUGCUGUAACCUCACUCGUCGGAGUGGCAUUCGCCGCCGAUGCUCCCUCCCCGAGCCCCGCGGCCGGAGGGGCGUCUCUGUCCUCGCCGCUCUCGGCUGCGCUCGUCGUCUGUUUGAUCGGCACUCUGCUUGGAUCUAUCCGCCGGUGA